AUGGGUCGGUCCAGCUCUAAGUUGUUGGAAACCCCCAAUAAUCCCUUGCAAGAGCUUCAAUUGGAGGAGCACAAGCGAGAACAACGUAAGCGCAAGCAGGAGAAACAACAAAAACAAAUCGCUAAAUUACAAAAGAAGCAAGCGAAAAAGAUGAGAUGUAAAGGAAAAUCAAAUAAAGGAUCAAAGGACGCCGAAAAGCGGGCUUCAAUUAAGGCGAAACGUACCAGUGGCGCGGCGCAGCGUACGAAUAGCCUGAAUUCGCAAAGCACCAGCUACGAAAUAAAUAAAGAAGAAUUUAAUCGACAAAUUGAGCAGCAAAUCCAAAAUCAUCUAGACAGUGAUCUCUGUACAUUCGUGAUGAAUCAAGUGUCGCUGACGCUGCAGUUUUUUGGAAACUAUGAAGUUGAAAUGUCAAACAUUUCGGAGGAGUUGUUAGCCAAAGAGAAUGAAUUGAAUCAAAAUCUGGAGGAACAUUCUAUACUUUUACCUACGCCUCUAGAUGCUGCCGUCGCAAAGUGGAUACAACACAAGCCAAUUCACGGCCUCGAGAAACACAAUCCUCAACCCCUUCAACCCUUGGCGAUGUAUGUGAUUUUUGAAAAUAUUGACAUAGCGCGUCCGAACGAUGCGAAUUACGAUUCGAUAUCACCGCUUUGCAAAGUUGAUUUAGAUACAGAUUUCUAUAAUACCACACCGUGCAAUGAGGACCUUGUGGAAAUGUUACGGGAAACGAAGUGGAAAGGUUACGUGCGUCUGAAAUUACGUGAAGAUCCACAGACACAACGUAUGGCUGGCGCCGAUGCUGAGGUCUAUACGGACGUGAGUUCAGGGUACAGCACUACGAGUACUUAUAGCCUGAAAUCACCGAGUACGACGAGCAGCUACCGCGCAGAACCUGAAUACGAUUAUGCAUUUAUAGCACACUUGAAUACGCAUCAUCCCCUGUCCGAGUUGAAAAUACAAAGUCUACGUGGCCACUAUCAGUUGAAUGCCAAAGUAUUGCCCGAUACGUGCGUGUCGACUUUGGCGCAGUUCGUUGAACCCUGCCACGAAGAGGACACCGAUGAUGAGGAAGAUGACAGCGAUACAGAUCGAGAAAGCGAUUCGAAUGAUUCCAUUGAUGAGGGCUACAAUGGUGUGCAGCAGCGAGCAAAUACGAAAAAACGCUACCGGGAUUACGAGACUGUACAGGCCAUACGUUUGUACAAAUUGGAGCAGGAGCGCCGAAAGUUACUGCUACAGCAAGCAUUUCUCAAUUCCAAAGAGUUCAUGCGUUAUUUUGGUGAGUUAGUGCGUCAACAGCUUGCCGAUCGCUUGCAUAUCUCACCGGAGGAGUUGGAGGAGGGCACAUAUCGUGGCUCAUCUAUCUACACUAAAUACUAUGAACUAAUACCUGCCAUUUACGUGGCGCAUAACGCGCAACACUGGCCCGACUGUGCAUUUCAAUUUCGAAUACGUGAGCGCCCUAUCUCUACGAAUCCACUCACUGGCCAGAAAUUCCAAUGGCCUACACGUUCAAUGAUCAGACGUAUAGAAACUUUUGGAUUUCAUGUAAUACCAGUCGGUUAUGCGCCCAAACGGCAGCGUAAUCCGUUUCGUGAGCUCGAAUGGCGUAUUGUUUUUCCAAAAGCCGAGCGCUAUUUGGAGCAACAUCUAACCAAUACACAAGUCAAGGUCUUCAUGAUGACCAAAGCGUUGGUAAAAACAUUUGUCGAACCACAAGAGAAACAUAAGGCGCUCAUGUUCACCAUAGAUCAUCUGCGCAUGCAUCUCUUUUGGGAAUGUGAACGCAAUUUUACUGGUUGGCCAGAGGAAUGCCUUGGGGAGGUGCUAAUGCGUUUCAUUGGCACUUUUAUGCAGCGACUGCGUGAGAAAUGUCUGAAAGAUUUCUUCAUUGAAGAGCGCAAUCUUUUCGAGAGUAUACCAGAAUAUUCACUAGUUACGCUAUUUUCGAUAUUCUCAGACAUUACUGCCAAUCCGUUGAUGCACCUCAUGGUAGCCUUAAGAAAUAUAGAGUUUGCUGAAAAUUUCUUUCCGAAGUUAAAUUAUAAAAAGGUUUUCGGAAAUCUGUCCGAAAAUAAUAUGUUGAAGUUAAAAAUGCAGGCUAAAAACUCGCGUAGCCUAUUGGGACUAGAGACAGUUGACGAUGAACCGCUGCUGAUGAAAGAUGAGGAUGCCCGAGGUUUGGUCGGCAUGAAACAACAUGUAAAGACGAGUGGUAAAUUGAGGCGGAAAACACAUCUGAUGAGACAUAACAUUGAAAUGAAGAAGAAGCAAGAUUACGAGCGGCGGCGCUUAUCUGAGGAGUCCAUUGACGUUGAGUUCUUUUUCCACCGCAAUCUGAAAACAUCUCUGCCGAAGCAACUCAAUCAAGGUGUUGAAAAUUUAAGGCGCACCAACAUACUCGAAAUCAUUAUCGAUCAUCUAAUAGCUAUGACUGAAAAGGCGCUGGACUUCCGUGUAUUAUACUUGGCUAAAACGUUCUUGGCACAAGCAAGAAGACUUUGCAAAUUCUACAACAACUACGGUUGUGACAUGGGUGCAAAAGAAUAUCUCAGCACAAUCGAAAGCAUAGAAGAGGAGAUCGGUGCUUUGCAUAUGAACGAAGAUUUUACACACCUACCGCCGGCAUUGCCCAUUCGUACCAGCGUAGAGGCUGGCAAGAGUAAGAUGACCAAAGAAUUAUUCGAGCACUUAGAGUGUGUGCGCAAAACAAUCAGAGCGGAUAUUGAAACAAAUCAUUGUGAAAAAGAAAAACCAAGAACUGUUAAUAAAAUUAGAAGUAAUAAUAAUUUAGUAGAGGCAGGCACAGAUCAGAUAUAUAAUGAUGGUCUGCAGUUUAUGCGCAGUGUAACACCGCCUUUAGGGGCCACCAGAUCUAUUAAAUUCACCGAACAUGUUGUGGAGGUACAGGAAGGUGAUACAAAUCCUAUACAAAAGCCAGAAGGUCAAAAUUUAGUUGGCAUUUUACGCUUCAAUCCCGAAGUAAUAGAAAUUUCGGAUGCUGUAAGUGUUGCCGAGCAAAACCAAAUGAGUGAGUCAUACGAGGAGUAUGAGUCGGUCCAGCGUUAUCAUUUCCACGACAACACAAAUACCAGGGAUACGGAAAGUGAUAUUGUACGAGUAAACGAAAACUGCGAUAGCGCGCAAGCGGAUAUUGCAAAGGCAGCAGAGAGUCAAGGCGCCGACGUUGCUGCAACGCCAGGCGAAGAUGCAAAAUUUGAUGGAUUUGGUACAAGGCCAGGCAUGCUGCGAAACUUGCCACUCGGCAAUUCGCAAGUGAUAAAAAUUCUUACAUCAUCAACAGAGAAACUAUUUGCGACUAUGUCAUCGGAAGAAAGACGUUUGCAGAUGAGGGAAAUUAUCAAACGGAAAACAUUUCAACUAAAAGGCGCAUUCAAUCAGAGCUCGGAAUCAUGA